AUGGAAGUCUGUGUCCAUAAUACCACAGUGUAUCAGCCUGGCUCAUCUAUACCAAGCGAUGACCCUUGUACGUUUUGUCAGUGUGGUUGGAACGUAGAUCCUGAAACAAAUCUUCUUGCUCCAGAGUGUGUGAUAGCUGACUGCAACGAUAACUGUCCAGAGGGUCACGAGUACCAACUCAUUCCUGGUCAGUGCUGUGGAGAGUGUGUUAGCACCGAUUGUGUGGUUAUGCAUGACAACAUCACAGUUACCGUUUUAGUUGACCAGAUAUGGCAACCAUCUAAUGACAAAUGUGUGAAAUACAAGUGUGAGAGAGUCAACGGUAACUCGGUGACAGUUGAGAUUAAGACCACUUGCCCUGCCUUCAAUCCUGAGAAUUGUAUCCCUGGAACAGAGACAAUAGAUGCAGAUGGCUGCUGUCAAACCUGUACACUGGACAACAAAUGUAAUGUCCAGAAGAACAGCACCUUCAUGGACAGUAAUGGCUGUAUAAGCAGCACACCUGUGGAAAUAAGCUCUUGCUCAGGCUUGUGUGAGACCUCAUCAAUAUACUCUGCAGAAGCGAACGCUCUUGUGCACUCGUGCUCGUGCUGUCAAGAAAUGACAACCACCAAGAAGGAAGCGACCCUGACUUGCCCUGAUGGGUCAAAUAUCAGCCACACUUACAUUUACAUUGAGUCUUGUGGCUGCAAGGCCUCCGAUUGCUCUGGUCAAUCGACUUCCUUAAGGAGACGCCGGAGGAGAUUGUGAACCUGCGUUCUUAA